AUGAGCUCAUUACAAUCACUGUUUUCUCUUUAUAAGCAAACGUGCGUCUCGAAAUAUCAAGGAGGUAUCGCUAAAGUUACCAACAAAGAAGUUGAUAAGUGGGCUGAAGAACUGGGAGAACCUUCAGUCCGCAGAUCACCUCGACCAAUGAAACGCGUUAACUACGCUGAAGAUAAUUCAGAUGAAGAGAGGGAGAUGAGGAGAGUAAAUAGUACUGCUCAUUCGCAAUCGACGGAAUCUCCACAACCUAGAACCCCACCGCAAGCUCCUCGGAAUUUAACUUCAUUGAAAACAUCUCCGAAUAAGCGACCGCGGAAUAAAGAGGAAAUUCAGCGAUAUUCCGAAGAUAUCUCUGUUAUAUGUGCUUUUGAUAAAUCUGUUUCGGAGUUGAUCUUAGAAAUCGGCGAGGAGCUUGCCAUUGAGCUAUCCUCUAUUCGUGACAUCAAUCCUGCUGUGUGGUCGCAUGCUCUGGAAAAAUACGUUGAUACUUCUCUUAAAGAAACUGGAAAAAAAAUUCAAAACUGCAAUUCAGGUUGA